AUGCGCUCGGCGGCGGCGGCGACGCCGCUCGUCGAGCCCGCCGGCGCUGGCUACGGCUGGUGGCAGGCGCUUCUCGUCGCGCCCGUACUAUACUCGGCGUGGGCGUCGCCGUUCGAGCUGGCCGUGGAGAGGGCGGCCACCUUGCCGCUCCUCGUCGCAGACCUGGUCGCCGACGUGUUCUUCGCCGUCGACAUCGCCGCCUCCAUCUUCGUCGCGUGCCUUAAAGUCCGCGGUUCGUCCUCCACUACCAGUCUCUUCUACGACGACCGCAAGAAGGCUGACGUGAGGCACCUGCGCCCGUGGACGCUCGCGAUGGACGUGGCCUCGACGAUCCCGUUCCAGGUGAUCUACCACCUGGCCACCGCCUGGGGCGCUGCCGCCGCGUGGUCGUCGCCGUGCCGGUUCCUGAGCCUCCUCCGUCUGUGGCGGCUGCGGCGCGUCAGCGAGCUCUUCGCGAAGCUGGAGAAGGACGUCCGGCUCAACUACUCCUGGACGCGGCUCGUCAAGCUCGUCGGCGUGACGCUCUUGGCGGUGCACGCCGCGGCGUGCGUCCACCUGUGGAUGGCCUCCCACUACAGCGGGCCCAAGGAGCGCACGUGGCUCGGCCGCGGCUUCGAGACCCGCAGCGUCUGGGCCGGGUACACCCGCGCCGUGUACUGGUCCGUCGCCACCCUCACCACGGUCGGCUACGGCGACCUGCACCCCGCCAACCCCGGCGAGAUGGUGUUCGCAGUCUUCUACGUGCUCUUCAACCAGGGCCUCGCCGCGUACGUCGUCGGCAACAUGACCAACCUCGCCGUGAGCUGCUCCACGGCCGCGCUCGCGUUGCGGGACACGCUGCGCGGCGUCUCCAUGUUCGGGGCCAUGAACCAGCUGCCGGAAGCGCUGACGGAGCUGAUGGCAGAGAGCGUGCAGCUCAACUUCGACAUGACGGAGCAGCUGCUCCAGCAACAGCUUCUGUCCGAGAUGCCUAGGGCCGUGCGGUCGGGAAUCGCGCAGCACCUGUUCCGGGACACCGUCGAGGGCGCGUACCUGUUCCGGGGCGUCUCCGAGGGCCUUGUCGUGGACCUCGUCGCCGACGCGACGGCGCAGUUCUUCCCGGCCAAGGCCGACAUUGUCCAGCAGAACGAGACCCCGACGGACUGCUACAUCAUCGUGUCCGGCUCCGUCGACGUCUUGGCGACUGCUGCCGACGGGACGGAGACGGUCGUAUCAAGGGCAUGUCGGUGCGGCAUCGCCGGCGAGAUCGGCGUGAUGCUCAACAUCCCACAGCCGUUCACCGUCCGGUGCAGGAGGCUCACCCAGGCCGUGCGCGUCAGCCAAGGCCACCUUCUGCGGGUAGUCCGGCCUCACACCGCCGACGCCGCUAGGGUGUUCUGCAACUUCGUUCAGCACCUUGGAUCUCCCGUGUGGAAAGUUGCAAGGGAAGAAGCGCCAUUAUUCAGGGAGAUCGCAGAUCAGAUUGAGGCCGAGGCCGCCACCGCAGCGUCAAUGUCGAGGCGGAGGAGCGAGAUGUUGAACCCGGAGGGACUGGAAAAGGCUGAUCAGCUGAGAAUGUCGCUGCGUAGAGAGGCCAAGCGGCGAGUGGUUAUCCAUCAGAAGUCUGAAAAUGCUGCAGGGAAGCUUUUAUGCCUUCCUGGUUCCAUGCGGGAGCUGAGGAGUGUUGCGGAGGCCAAGUUCAGGAAGGUGGUGACGACGGUGCUCACCGUCGACGGCGCCGAAGUUGAGGACAUCGACGUGCUAAGAGAUGGAGAUCACUUGUUCGUAUGCUAG